AUCAUUCCAUCAACAGUUUUCAAAGUUGCAUGCACCGCCGUUCCCCGUCCUCAUUGUCGUGAAUGUUAGAAGUUUGCCUCCCCUUGGCAGCUAGAAGGGAGAAAACACCUUCGUUGCUAUACGAAGUGACCAUUUCCAUUAUGUAAGAGCGAGCAUUUGAUUUUGAAGUUCGAUGUUCACUUCGUAAGAUUCGGAGUUAUCGGAGACUGAGCGCGAGGGGUUAGCAUUUUUCGGGGUUGAUCAUGGCGGCUGCUGCGGUGGAGGUGAGUGUGAGCAGCGGCAGCAGUGACACAUCGAGCACCGGUGAAGAAGAGCGGAUGAAACGGUUGUUUCAGACUUGCGACGGAGAUGGAGAUGGGUACAUCAGCAGGAAUGAUCUUCUGAUGGUGUGCCGUCAGUUGAACAUGGAGGACUCGGUGGCUGAGAUCAUGUGCCAGCUUGGCGCUGAUGAGCGUGGCAAGAUCUCCUUUGAGGACUUCACCCGCUGCCGCAUGACGCUGCUGAGCGAGAUCCGUAAGGAGGAGGGCCAACUCUCACUCUCGCUCUCGCUGCGUUCUGGGGACUCUGGGACCCGCAAGCUGGGCCACGAGCACAUCACCUCCUGGCCCACCAGCAGCGACAACAGCCUGGGUGCUCUGUCAGGGGCCAGAGAGAGCUGGGAGUAUGAUUCCGGUGCCCGGGACCUCCAAAGCCCAGACCACCUGCAGCAGCAGCAGAACCAGCAGCAAGAAGAAGAACAGCAGCAGGCCCAAAACCUGACCCAGGAACAGUCAUCUGUCCUACAGAAACUUCUGGAACAGCCAGGUGAUGUUCUGGACCACCAGCACCACCCAGCCUUGGAGAAGCUCCUUCUGGCCCAGACAACCACCGACGGCAGCCCCAAUAGUGCGGGAAACUACCUGGAUCUCUCCAACACACUCCACCUGGCAGCGCUGGCAUCUCUGAAGGGGGACGUCCUGGAGCUGAAUAAGCGGCUGGUGCAGAGCGAGAGAGAACGCGACCAGCUGGAGAAGCGGCUGGCCAAGGCCCAGUGUGAGCAGUCGCACCUGCUACGAGAGCAUGAGGAUAUGCAGGAGCGGACGACGCUGCGUUACGAGGAGCGAAUCACAGAGCUGCACAGCAUCAUCGCAGAACUCAACAAGAAGAUAGACCUGCUACAGGGAGGCACGAUACGGGAGGAGGAUGAGUUUUCGGAGCUGCGCUCGGAGCUCAGCCACAGCCAACAGGAGGUCAACGAGGACCCCGACCAGGAGCAGGCGUCCAUCUCACUGCCUGAGAACCAGUCCACGCUGGUGACCGCAGACAUGGACGCGUGUAGUGACCUGAACUCGGAGCUGCAGCGGGUGCUUCUGGGGCUGGAGAGCGUGGUAUGCGGCCGCAAGAAGAGCACCUGCAGCCUGUCGGUGGCCGAGGUGGACCGCCACAUCGAGCAGCUCACCACCGCCAGCGAGCACUGCGACCUAGCCAUCAAGACCGUGGAGGAGAUCGAGGGAGCCCUGGGCCGGGACCUGUACCCCAGCCUGUCGGAGGAGCGCGGCCGCUGGGAGAAGGAGCUGGCGGGGCUGCGGGAGGAGAACGAGAGCCUGACGGCCAUGCUGUGCUCCAAAGAGGAGGAGCUCAACCGCACCAAGGCCACCAUGAGCGCCAUCCGAGAGGAGCGGGACCGACUCAGGCGACGGGUGCGUGAGCUGCAGACGCGUCUCCAGAGUGCCCAGCCCAGCGGUCCCUCCAGCCCCAGUCGUCUGGCCCCCGCCACCCGGCCCGUCAACCCCUCAACUGGGGAGCUCAGCACCAGCAGCAGCAGCAACGACAUCCCCGUCGCCAAGGUGGCCGAGAGGGUGAAGCUGUCUAAGACGCGCUCAGAGUCCUCCUCCACAGAGAGACCUGUACUGGGCUCUGAAAUCAGCAGCAUCGGGGUGUCGAGUAAUGUGGCGGAGCACCUGGCCCACUCCCUGCAGGACUGCUCCAACAUCCAGGAGAUCUUCCAGACGCUCUACUCCCACGGCUCAGCCAUCUCCGAGAGCAAGAUACGCGAGUUCGAGGUGGAAACCGAGAGACUCAACAGCCGCAUCGAGCACCUGAAGUCCCAGAACGACCUGCUGACGAUCACGCUGGAGGAGUGUAAGGGCAACGCGGAGCGGAUGAGCAUGCUGGUGGGCAAAUACGAGUCCAACGCCACCGCACUCAGACUGGCACUGCAGUACAGUGAGCAGUGUAUUGAGGCCUACGACCUGCUGUUGGCUUUGGCUGAGAGUGAACAGAGUCUAGUACUGGGCCAGUUCAGAGCGGCAGGAGUCGGCAACCUAGGAGAGCAGGCGGGUGAGGAGAGCGUGACCCAGGCCCUGAAGAGGGCUCAUGACUGCCGCAAGACGGCGGAGACGGCGGCCAGGGAGCUGCUGGGCAGGCUGGACGGAAGCUGUGGAGCCUUCAGCAGCAGCGGAUGCAGCACACAGCCCUGGGAGAGCCUCUCCUCCAACAGCCAUACCAGCACCACCAGUUCCACGGCGAGCAGCUGCGACACGGACUUCUCCAAAGAGGACGAGCAGCGCCUGAAGGACUACGUCCAGCAGCUGAAGAACGACCGGGCGGCCGUGCAGCUGACCAUGCUGGAGCUGGAGAGUGUCCACGUGGACCCCCUCAGCAGCGAGGUGAAGCCCCGCACAGACUCCCAGAGACUGGACCUGGAGAACGCCGUGCUCAUGCAGGAACUCAUGGCCAUGAAGGAGGAGAUGGCGGAGCUGAAGGCGCAGCUGUACCUGCUGGAGAAGGAGAAGAAGGCCCUGGAGCUGAAGCUGAGCACGCGGGAGGCGCAGGAGCAGGCCUACCUGGUGCACAUCGAGCACCUCAAGGCCGAGCUGGAGGAGCACCAGGAGCAGAGGAGGAGGUCACUGGGCUCCACCGGCAGCAGCGCAGGCAGCAAGGACAAGGGCAGCAAGGACGGUGGUGAUUUGCCGGCCAUCAGCCUGACAGACCUGCGGACGCUGAGUGACAGCGACCUGGCCAUGGAGCUGACCAACGCACUCAGGAGGGAGAAGAAGCUAAAGGGGCGUGUUCAGGAGCUGGUGGCCGCUCUGGAGAGACUGACCAAGAGCAGCGAGGUGAGACACCAGCAGUCGGCAGAGUUCGUCAACGACCUCAAACGGGCAAACAGUAACCUGGUGGCAGCGUAUGAGAAGGCCAAGAAGAAGCAUCAGAACAAGCUGAAGAAGUUGGAGUCUCAGAUGAUGGCCAUGGUGGAGCGCCACGAGACACAGGUGCGCAUGCUCAAGCAGAGGAUCGCCCUGCUGGAGGAGGAGACGUCCCGCCCACACACCAACGAGACAUCCCUCUGAACCAAUCGCCUUGCUCCAAGAGGACAUGUCCUGCCCACACACCGACGAGACAUCCCUCUGAGCCUAUCAUCUUCCUCGAAAAGGAGAUGCCCUUCCCACACAUCACCAAGACCUCCCUCUGAGCCCUUAUACAUGCGCACGCACGUACACACACACACACACACACACACACACACACACACACACACACACACACACACACACACACACGUGCGUGCAUGCACACUGUACACACCCGACCUGGCAGUCAACAGGAGAUCCCUGCUUGCUACUUGCUUCAGAAGCUGGCACACAUACACACACAAACCACACACACACACACACACACACACACACACACACACACAAACACACAACACACGCUCACACACUCGGCCUCUCAUCUGCCCCACAGACAGCCAAGCAGGUCCUCAGAAAUGGGGUAAGGGGCACAUACAGUAUACUGUACCAGAACAUGUGACUUGCACGUGCUGUCUUCUCAUUGGCUGCUGGAAGAGCCAGGACUUUUUAUUGGAUGUCCAACUGACAGUCAAGAGUGACAGUUGUCUUCGUGUUCUUCCCUCAUCUCUCCCAACAGGCGAUGGUGGUGACAGCUUUUCUGAUGAUGCAUAUUUUUUUGGAGAGCACUAUAAGGACUAUUUAAAGCCUGACAGACUCUAUAUGGACUAACACGCAGUAUUCAAAUUCUUAUGUUUAUCUUUCAAUAUGAUAAUCCUUUUCCCCUUUUUCUAAAAACAAACUUCAGUAUUUCACCGCAGAUCCUUUAAGAAGUACAUUUUUGUAAGUCUUCUAAGCCUCUUCUGAGUGACUCAAGCAUUUACUGAAAAUAGUGUGUGCGCGUGUGUGUGUGUGUGUGUGUGUGUGUGUGUGUGUGUGUGUGUGUGUGUGUGUGUGUGUGUGUGUGUGUGUGUGUGUGUGUGUGUGUGUGUGUUUGUGUUUGUGUGUGUGUGUGAGUGUGUGUGUGUGUCUGUGUGUGUGUAAAUGAGUGACAGAGGGAGAGACUGACUGUGGGUGUGUGUACGUGUAUGCGUGCAUAUAAUGCGUGUGUUUGUGUGUGUGGGCACGCUUGCUCAUACACAUGCUCAGCUCUUCCUUCAAACAAACAGGUCUACACUGUUCUCUAUCAGGACAAACAAAAAGAAAAAGCCAAUGAGGCUCAGCGAUGAGCGAUCCAGCCUCUCACCUUCAUCCUGUCUGUAGGCCUACGCCACCUCACUAGCAACCCAGGGGGAAAUAUACUCCUGCAGACACACAGCUCUGUGUUAUGGUGACACUUCUCCAAUGUCUACUUUUCAGACAAUUCCCAACUGUUCACUCAUUCUCAGGGGCCAUCCUAGGGGCGGGCCAACCGGGCAAUUGUGCGGGGUGGCACCCGCAAGGGGACUGCACUAUUUCGAAACUCACCAAUGAGUGCUAUUACCAUUUUAUAUCUGUACUAUUACCAUGAUUUGUAUUACAAUGAUGACAUUGUAUUAGUGGUGUUUAUCAGCAGUUAUAUGCGUCCCGGGCACUGGCCACUGUAUGAUCGCCACUGUUCACUCUACACACUGCAGUGCAAGGAGUGACCGAGUGGACAUUUUGGACACAGCCAGUAGCACUUCAGAAGCUGUAAUCUAGAAACAUGUAUCGCUAAUUCUGGCUCCUUCUUCUAAUUUGUGCCUAACUUGACUAGUUGGAGGAAGGGGAAUUCUCCUGUGUUUAUUGCACAUGUUGAACCAAGUCGUAUUUUAUUGGAUCACAUCUUCUGAAGUCAGUCAGAAGGUCAGUAUUCAGAGAUAGCUUUGUAUUUUGUCAACAAGGCAUGACAUGUGACAUGACGUGUCUUCAAUAUACCCUCCACUAGCAGUGAAGCUAGCUAACAGCCAACACACUAGCACCUGCUCUGUACCCCAGGCUUUCUAGAGGGCACUGGAAGCCUUAUGGCACGCAAACUACAACAUUGGCAAUACAGUUUCCCAAGUUUUUCAAACAAUUGAGGUGUUUUUUUCAAGGGCCACGGGAAAGAGACAAGUCAUUCCCUCAUCCACAUUAUGGAGUCUAUGUGUCUGCUGGGAGUAUAUUUCUACCUUGAGAAACACUCUUGCAUACUCACUGUAUUUUAUCAGGGGCUUCUCUUCCUUCUGUGCAAACUGACAUCUCUUUGCUCCAGUGCAAAGUGUUCAGAGGUGGUUUGUGUGCAGGUUCAGGCUGGUUCACACAAGGGUAGAAUCAAAAGUAGGAGCCUAUUCGUUGCUUCUGCUGCAGUUCAUGUUCUCUCGGGUCAUAGUGAAUUCUGAAUGGAUUGCAAUAAUAACUCAAACAUGCAGUAUUCCGUUUUUAGAACUAAACUAUUGUUAUUUAGAUAUGUUGUCACAAUUUACAGUAUUAAAGGGUGACUUUGACAGUCUCGUCAGGGAGAACACUGACUGUAGAUGGCCUACUAUGAUAUUCAGUAUACUACUUAGACAGGGAGGUUAAGCACAUUACUUGCACACCCACACAUGCAUACAGUACUGUACACUCCUGAAACCACUUCAGAUGCAACAUGAUGGCUGACAUGGAAGAGAACUGGUGAAUGUUAUUGAGAAUGUAGCCUAUUCCACGAAAGCACAGCACAGCAAUACAAUAUACACCCAGAUCACUCAGUGAUGCAAUAGCAACUGGUGUCUUUUCACUUGGCAUCCAUACCAGACGAAGCUAAACACGAAAACAGGUAUUAUUAUUCUUUUUUAAAUGGUCCUUCUUUAGUUAACAGUCAAGCAAUACUCUUCAGCCCAUUGACUGUUUUUCUAUGACUGCACUCUGAGCCGAAAAAUAUCAGAGAAGUAACAUACUUUCAUUCAAUGAAUUGGUCAGAAAUAUGAAUUGACUGUAGUAAGAUUAUGACUAUGACUCCGCAUCCCCAGAAGGGCCACAGCAUAACCCUGGCCAAUCGGCAUUGAGGAAGAGUAAGAAUGGAGGAGGCAUUCUCAGAGUGCUUCCUACAGCCAUACUGUACUGUGAGACUCUUCACAUAUCUUUGUCUAGUUCUCAUUGCAUACAACCUCUAUAAAUAGAGUACUUACAUGACAUUUGACAUUUGAUUUUAGUGACAGUAGCACUUUUCCUCACACAGACAGACACCCCUUUCACCGCAUUGCCUUAUUUUACCAUGUUUUCUCAUGUAAUUCUCUUAAGGAGACGCUCUGUUAAAACCAGUGGCUGCUGCUGUGCUUUCACAUAAAAACUGUCAUGCUCCCAUUUUGCUCCAAAUCAUUUAAAGCAUUUACUAAGUUUCCCUGAUGACUUGCUUUGAGGUAAUUGCCAUCAAGAUGUGUGUAGCACUCCCUACCACUAGAGUGCAGUCUGACGGGUUAUGUAAGUCCAUUACAAAUGUAUUGGCCACGUUAUGGGCAGUAGUACCCUAUUGAUAUCCAAAGGUCUCUGAAUAUCUGAAAACUAUUACCACACUCCACUUCCAACCAGUGAUAUCUGUCAACAGUCCAACCUGCAGAAAAGUCAGUAUACACCCAGUAAGCAGAGUUGGUGUUUUGUGUCUUAACUGUGAAGAGACUUCUUGUGCAGUGUAUGUGUAAAAAGAAAAAGAGAAGGAUUUGGUGUGGUCAUAAAGAAUGUUUGGCCUGUUACAGGAGUGUUUGAUGCACUUCUUAGGAGCAAAAAUGUGUAAAAGACAAGUGAAACUGUAUCAAGAAGAAACCUUUCCCUCCCCAUUCUUUCUAACAACUGAGUAUCAGCAGCAGUGGGAUUGAGGAAUGAUGGUCUAAUUUUGCACAGAUCUGUUUUUCCCCUCAAAAUCUUUGCAAUCAUCAUUUUAUUUUACUAUAGAAUGUAUUUGUUUAUAUAAUAAAUGAAUAAAAUUGAGAGUAAAAAUGA